AUGGUGUAUUUGGUCCCUCUUAUAAUCUUUAUGGACAAUGUAUCCGGAAAUAUAUCCAAGCAGUGGAAUAAGCACCAUGUGAUAUACAUGUUGAACAUGAAUCUACCUCCCCCAAUGGAAAUGAUGAGUGCCAUGCAAGAAUCAAUUAGCAAAGCUGUGGAAUCUGGGGUCUUCACUUGGGACUGCAAGCACAAAGAAGAAGUUAUGCUGGAGCUAUAUGGUCUGUUUCUCGGCGGCAACAAUCCCAUGCAGGCUGAGGAAUGCAGCCAUGCAGGGUUGCAUUGCAACUACUUCUGCAGGACAUGUGAAGUUGGUGGAACAAAGGAGUACAAAGAGUCAGAUGAGGGCUACAAGAGCAUCUUCGUGCCAGGAAAGCUUUGCACUCCUGCAGGAACAGCAGAAGAGAUUUGCACACAAUUUUCUUCUGCACUCUUAUUGGGCAUGUCAGAGAAGAUUAAGAAAUCUGUUGCUUCAUCAGGUGUGAAUGACACAACAACUGGUUACAUUCUUGAGACAGUUGUUGAGCUGGGGAAGAAACUUUGCAAAUGGGGUGCUGGCGUUCAGGCAAAAUCAGAGACCAAAGUCAAGGCUAUUCUAGAGAAGCAACUUGAAGACCUACUGCAAGGGAGCACUCUCGAGGAUGCAAUAAAUCUGUUGCUGGGUGUGGAAGGAUUCAACGUUCAUCAGGACACGCCAACCGAAAUUCUCCAUACAGUUUUACUGGGAGCCAUCAAAUACUUUUGGGGUCAAUUCAUGUAUCUUCUUGAGAAGGCAAAGCUUUUGGACAUUUUUCAAAUGUGUCUCAACUCUAUCGAGAAGGCCGGACUCAAUGCUCCAUGUCUUAAUGCUGAGUAUAUUUGCCAUUAUAAGAGUGGGCUCAUAGGGAAACACUUUAAAAGUUUGGUGCAGGUCAUGCCAUUUCUCAUUCAAGACUUACUGCUGAGAACAGUACUUGAUGGCUGGACGUGUAUUGGUGAGCUCGUUGUGUAUGUUUGGCACACAGAGAUAGAUGAUAUAGAGAUAUACUUGGUAUGA